AUCUUAAUUAUAUUUAAGCAAACAAAUUAAACACACAAUCUAAAACAGAUAUUACAAAAUUGACACACCCAAGCCUAGCUCCAACAAAAAAUAUACCAGUGUGACCGUCAGAAAUGUACCGAAGCAUACCGUCUCAUUUGAAAAAUAUACCGCCAUAGGUCCGCGGUCCCACUGCAACCCAGUUGCGUUUGGCAUUUUUUAGCAUCUUUCGGCACAACACAGAUAAAAUGGCAGCUCUACGUGGAUGGAAAUUCGUUGGCUUCGUAUCCUGCAUUGUGGGAGCCAUUGGACUAGCGGUGUAUCCUGUUAUACUGGACCCAAUGCUCAAUACGGAGAAGUACAAGUCGCUCCAGGAGUACAGCAAAAUAAAAAGAGAUGAGCUGCAAUAUACUAUCAAAAGAAAGGACUGAAAGGGAAAGAUGUAUUUAAAAAUGCUGUGCCAUGUAAUUGGCAUGCGGAUUAGGCAUAAAACAAGAUGUACAUUUUGUAGUUUCCAAACAACCAAAAACACAAAAACUAUUUGUUAUCGAUAAAUAUAAUUUACCUAUUGUUCGUAUAAUUUA